UUUUGCGCUUUGGUGUCGGUGCCGAUAUACCAUUACAACUGGUCUAUAUAACUAAAACAUACAUACGAUAACGAUUUUAACCCUGCUAAUUUAUAUUUGAUCAACUAUGAUUAAGAAAUAUGGCCGAGGAAGAACUUGCUGUGUUCAGGGAGAGUUGGAAAGAAGAACUAACGAGUAAAAACGACGAGGAGCGACUUGUUUGUGCCCCUUCCUCGGAUGUUCCUAGUCAGUCAGGUCAGGGAGACUUGAGAAAAAGGUAUUUUGAAGACUCAAAAUAUCUCAACACAGCCGAUAGUACUUCAAAGCUAUCAGAAAGGGAAUGCACUGAUGAUGCCUCAGAUACAGAGUAUCAGCCUGAGUAUGUGUCCAUUGCACGGAGUUUGCUGGAUGGGAGGACCAGUCCCCUGCUGGACAGGAUUCAGGAGGAGAGAACCAGGAGAAAGAGGCAGUAUCAAAACAUGACCAACGCCUGCAGCAAAUCCCUGCAGCAAAAACAAAAGCAACAGCAGCAGCCUCAGAGAAAAGUCAAGAAAGAAGAAGAGCUUUUGGAUCAACUUAUUCAGGACCUGAAUGAAGUCAACGACAUUCCCUUCUUUGAUAUCGAGCUGCCGUAUGAGUUAGCCCUGAAAAUAUUCCGAAAUCUCAACUGUACUGAGCUGGGCCGAUGUGCACAGGUGAGCAGGGCAUGGAGAGUCCUUGCAGAGGACGGCGUUCUGUGGUUCAAGAUGUGCAGAAGGGAGGGCUACCAUCAGGAGGCCAGCGUGUCUGACUCCCCCUGCUGGAAGAGCACGCUGCGGGACUGCAGGAACUCGGCCAAGACUGUGCGCUCCAACUGGAAGAAUCGAGUGGGCUCCAUCAGCCAGCUGCAGUUCGAGCUGGGCAAGGUGCUGUGUGACGUCAGCUCCUGUGACUCCUUCAUCUUGGCUGGGUACACAUCUGGGGAUGUGAGGCUGUGGGACACGCUGCACUGGGACUCCACCGCCUCCUUUCUGAAGAUCAACAGCCUGUCAGCCAACUCUGUCCCCAGACCUCAGGUCAGCCACGUCCAGGUCAACAGCUCGGUGGCUGCUGCUGCGUAUGAAGAUGGCUGUGUGGACCUGUGGAGCACAGAGACAGGUGGAGAGCCCCUCCUCCACUACCAGAGCCCGGAGAGGCCCCAGGCCCUGGCCCUGGGCCCCGACAGCCCCAGCCUGGGCUCGGCUGCCGGGCCUCACGUCCGGCUGGACAGCGCCGACGACCGCGGCUACUGGAGGAUGCUCUGCAGGGCGCAGCUCCCAAAGACUGUAGAGAGCCUGGUCCUGGUGCCGGGCCGGGGGCAGCAGGGCCCGCUGGCUGCUCUCUCAGCAGGAGACGCUGUGUACCUGUUGGACCCUCGGGAGGAGAAGCCGCGGACCCUCCAUUCAGUCUACGGUCACCCUGUUACCUGCCUCGAUGCCUCCGACUCCCAGGUUGCACUGGGAGUGAAACGCACUGGCUGGGCCAUGCACGACGGAGGAAACAAGAUCCACGUCUACAGCCUAGAGACGGGUAAACCUGUGUCUUCUGUGGGCGACUCGCUGGGAGACUUCACGUGCAUCAACCUGAGAGACAGCCCUCCUCACCUGCUGGUGUGUGGAAACAAAGACAGGAGGGUGAGGGUGUUUGACCUGCGAUCCGGCUCCUCUGUGGCGUCCCUGUACGGCCACCACCUGGGUGUCACCUCCGUUCAAAUUGACGACUGGAAGAUCGUGAGCGGCGGAGGCGAGGGAUUGGUGUGUGUGUGGGAGAUGAGGAUGGGAUCCAAGCUGUGGGAGAUGCACAACAGGCAUCCUGUCAGGCAUGUUAACUUCAACAGCAGCACCCUGGUAACCGCCAACAUCCCCGAUGACAAGUCGCCGAGGGGAGCCUGCAUCACAGAUGAUGACCUUACAGCUCACCGCAGACACAGAGGAGUCAUCUGCCAUUACGACUUCUCGGAGGACGCGCUGUCCCAGGAUCACAUCCUGCCCAUCUGCAGGUCCGACUACAUCGAGUCCUCCGGGUACAACUACAACAUCGGGCUGACUGUGCCCUACGACAGGCUGCCGGGCGCCCACCCCUCCCUCUGACAGCAGCUUAUCAAACUGCAGCAGGACUGACGGACAGACUUUAUAAACCUUUGAUCAGUUUGAUUCUCCAAACUGUAUUUUUUUUUAUUUUAUUACAUUUUAAUCGUCAUAGUGGAAUCAAGCUUCUUGGAAAAGUACCAUGUAAUGUACACUGUCUGUUUUGUUGGUAUUUUUAAUUAACAAUGUGGAUUGCAAACACUGUACAAUAAUUUCUUUAAGUGAUAUUUAGAUCUCUGUAUUUGAUCAGUGCUGCUGGGCAACAUCAGAGGAAUAAAAUGUCCUAUUUUUA